CUGCUGCGAGACCAUGAAAGCAUAAGGCCUUUCGAAUGUUGCCGUGGUAGGUUCACUCUCUUCAUUGACUGUCUUACCUCCCAAAUUCCACUCCACCCUCUUCACAUCUCCACCACCGCAGCCAUGUUCGGAUCACGCACAGCACCACGCGCCGCGCGCGCCAUUCGCAGCUCCGCCAUUCCCCGUCAGUCUCUACGACGCACCUUUGCAGAUUCGGCGCCUUCGCCAGCACCACAGAGCGGAGGUGGACAGGCUCUUACCGGUGGCCUUAUCGGAGGCGCCACCGUCUUCGCGCUCGGGUACGGAUAUUACUACUUCAGCGGCGCGAAGACCGUUGUCAACACCACCCAGCAAGCAAAGAGCUAUGUCGACACUGCGGCCGAGCAAAUCAAGCAACAACUUGCAGAAUUGAAGCCUCAGAGCAACGAUGUCCUGGGUUCAAUACGCCAGGUCGCUGAGAAGUACGCGGCAUUCGUGCCUGGCGGCCGACAGCUUGUCGACAGCUCAUUCAAGGAUCUCGAAGCGAUCCGCAACAAGCAUGAGAAGGAGUUCAACGAGAUCGCUCGCGCUACGUACGAGGAGCUCCGUGAAGCUGCCCAAAAGAAGGGUGCCAGCAUCGAGACUAUCAACGACAUUUGGGCAAUCCUGUCCAAGCGCCUCGGCCAACUGACUGAUCUCGCUGGAGAUGCCUCACAACAGAUCAUCGACAACCACCCAGAACUGAAGGAGAAGCUUGGUGGCCAGUUCGAUCAGCUCAAGCAGCUUGGAGACAGACUGGGCCCCGAGGCCAAGAAGCAAGUGGACGACACCUUCAACGAGGUCUCAAAAAUAGUCAAGUCGGGUGCAAGCGCAGAUGCCGUGACACGUGCCUACAAGCUGCUGCAGGAAAAGACACAAGAUCUCAAGCAGCUCGGCGACAAGAGCUGGGACGCCGGGUACGAGCAGAUCAAGCCACUUUUGGAGAAGAACCAAGACGUGAAGAAGUUUGUCGAGCAGAAUAUGGACACCAUCAAAUCUGGUCAUGUUUCCGACAUUGUGGACAAGGUCCGCACUGCUGUGCAGAGCGGCAGCACUCGUGGCCUCGAGCAAUACGUGCAGGACGCCAAGAAGAAGGCGGACCAGUAUUCCAACGGCGCUCUGUCGGGUUGGCUCGACGCAAUCCCCAAUGGCUCUCAAAUUCUACCACAGAUCAUGAAGCUCAAGGAAGCCGCAGAGACCAAGGGACCCGAGGCACAGAAGCUCGGGAAGGAGACGAUCGAGGAGCUGUCCAAGGUGCUUGAGAAGAAGUCAAAGCAGGCCGAGGAGUUGUUGAAGAAGUAGGCAUUUACGAGCUAUGAACGUAUUGUACAGUAGAGCAGCCGUCAGUCGCGGCGCAUGACAAAAAGCAUGUAACAUUUGACACGAAUCAAGACAAAGUUGUCCGCAAGGCCAC